AAGUCACUGAAGUUCAGUGUUACAAUAACUUGCAGUGUUGAGACUACUUUCAGAACUACCAUUUCCUAAGUUUUGUUUAUUUUUUGGAAGGGGGACACAGGGCUGCAGUGAUGUGGAUUCAGGUGCGCACCAUGGACGGUAAGGAGACCCACAGGAUCGACUCCCUGUCCAAGCUGACCAAGGUGGACGAGCUGAGGCUCAAAGUGUCGGAGCUGUUUAAGGUGCAGCCGGAGAGGCAGCGGCUGUUCUACAGAGGCAAGCAGAUGGAGGACGGCCACACCAUCUUUGACUACAACGUGGGGCUGAACGACAUCGUGCAGCUCCUGGUGAGACAGACUCCGCCCCCCCUCGCUCUCCACGCCCGCAAGGACAAGGAGGCGGAGCUUUCCGACUCCGACUCCGGCUGUGGCUCCGCCCAGAGCGAGUCGGACAAGAGCUCCACCCACGGGGAGAUGGAGGGCCAAUCGGCUGGGACGUCAGCCCAGUCUGACCUGCCUGACCUUGUGGAUCCCGGGUUCGGCCACUAUAAGAUAAGUGAGUUUGUGGACGCCCGUGACCUGAACAUGGGCGCUUGGUUUGAGGCCCAGAUCGUGAACGUGACGAAAGAGGCCACGGCUGAGGAUAUGGACUCUGGGCCUGGGGAGGAGGAGAUUCACUACCAUGUCAAAUACGAAGAUUACCCGGAGAACGACGUGGUCCGGCUCCGGGGUAAGGACGUGCGCCCGCGGGCCCGGACCGUGUACCAGUGGCACCAGCUGGAGGAGGGCAUGGUGGUCAUGCUCAACUACAACCCCGACGAGCCCAAGGAGAGGGGCUACUGGUACGACGCCCAGAUCCAGAGGAAGAGGGAGACCCGCACCCAACGGGAGGUCUAUGCCAGGAUUCUGCUCGGCGAUGCUGGGGACUCCCUGAAUGACUGUCGCAUCGCGUUCACCACAGAAAUAUACAAGAUCGAGGAGCCAGGAAGCUCAGAGAACCCUGGGGCCGCAUCGGAGAGUCCACUGAAAAGGACGAACGGGCCCGAGUGCAAGCACUGCAAGGACCACCCGGAGAAGACGUGCCGCAUGUGCAACUGCAGCGUGUGCGGCGUGAAGCAGGACCCCGACAAACAGCUGCUGUGCGACGAGUGCGACAUGGCCUUCCACAUCUACUGCCUGGACCCGCCCCUGGACACCAUCCCCGCGGACGAGGACUGGUAUUGCCCGGAGUGCAGAAAUGAUGUGAGCGAGGUGGUCCUGGCGGGGGAGAAGCUGAAGGAGAGCAAGAAGAAAGCCAGGAUGGCGUCUGCAAGCUCAUCUAGCCAACGGGACUGGGGCAAGGGCAUGGCGUGCGUCGGUCGCACUAAACAGUGUACCAUCGUCCCGUCCAACCAUCAUGGUCCCAUUCCCGGCGUUCCCGUGGGAACGCUCUGGAAGUUCCGUGUCCAGGUUAGCGAGUCUGGCGUUCACAGGCCCCACGUGGCUGGGAUUCACGGGCGGAGCAGUGAGGGGGCAUACUCUCUGGUGCUGGCGGGAGGCUACGAGGACGAUGUGGAUUAUGGGAAUGAGUUCACCUACACUGGCUCGGGUGGGCGGGACCUGUCGGGUAACAAGAGGACGGCUGAGCAGUCAUGUGACCAGAAGCUCACCAACAUGAACAGAGCCCUGGCUCUCAACUGCAACGCCCCGGUGAACGAGAAGGACGGGGCGGAGGCCAAGAACUGGAAGGCCGGGCGGCCGGUCAGGGUGGUGCGCAGCUCCAAGGGCCGCAAGCACAGCAAGUACUGCCCCGAGGACGGCAACCGAUACGACGGCAUCUACAAGGUGGCGAAAUACUGGCCAGAGAAGGGCAAGUCUGGCUUCCUGGUGUGGCGGUACCUGCUGAAACGCAAUGAUGAGGAGCCUGCACCCUGGACUCGGGAUGGGAAAGAGAGAGUCAAGAAACUGGGCCUCACCAUGCAGUAUCCUGAGGGUUACCUGGAGGCUGUGGCUGCCAAGGAGAAGGAAAAGGAGAACAAGGAUGAAGAGGAAGGGGUGCCGGACUCGCCCGUUAAGAGCACCAGGAAGAGGAAAUCACUGGCUGAAACCAAGAAGUCCUCGCCUGCCAAGACCCCAGCCAAGACCCCACCCAAGAAGACCAAGGUGGAGGCGUACAAACUGAGCCGAGAACAGAAAGCCUUGAUCAAGGACGACGAACUCAACAAGAAGCUGUGGGAUGAAGCCAUGGGAUCUCUGACGCUUGGACCGAGAUUCAUCAACAAAGUUGAAGAGGUCUUUUUGUGCAUUUGCUGCCAGGAAGUGGUAUAUCAGCCAAUCACCACAGAGUGUCAACACAAUGUCUGCAGGGAAUGUCUCCAGCGCUCCUUCAAGGCGGAGGUGUACACCUGCCCCGCAUGCAGGAACGACCUGGGCAAAAACUACGCCAUGAGCGUCAACAAACCUCUCCAAGCCAUCCUGAGCCAGUUCUUCCCCGGGUACAGCAAUGGCCGAUGAUUGCUUUACCCCCCCCCCCCCCCACC